GUUAUUAUUAUGAAAUUCCAUCUAUUGGAGCCAUAAGAAUUAACACCCAGGAAUAUCUGGAUGUAUUGGGAAGACCAAUGGUUUUAGCUGGAGAGAAAGCCAAACAAGUCCAAUGGACCAACGUCUAUCUGGAUGCUCUGGAGCUGGGCCUUGUGAUUACAGGAACUCUACCUGUCUUCAACCUAACAAAGGAACAAAACGGGAAAAUAAAUCAGCUGAUUCUUGGAGUAAUGGGGGUUGAUGUCUCUUUGGAGGACAUAAAAAAACUGACACCCCGAUUUACGCUUUGUCCAAACGGAUACUAUUUUGCCAUUGAUCCUAAUGGGUAUGUGCUACUUCAUCCAAAUCUCCAACCAAAGCAAAUUGGUGUGGGCAUACCAAAAGUUAAAUUGAGAAAAAGGAGACCCAAUGUACAGAAUCCUAAAUCCCAGGAGCCUGUUACACUGGAUUUUCUAGAUGCUGAAUUGGAAAAUGAUAUUAAAGUUGAGAUUCGGAAAAAAAUGAUAGAUGGAGAAAGUGGAGAAAAAACAUUUGAAACACUGGUCAAGUCCCAAGAUGAGAGGUAUAUUGAUAAAGGAAACAGAACAUAUACAUGGACUGCUGUGAAUGGCACUGAUUACAGUUUGGCAUUGGUGUUACCAUCAUACAGCUUUUAUUAUAUUAAAGCCAAAAUAGAAGAACCGAUAACUCAAGCCAGAUUUUCAGAAACGCUGAAGCUUGAUAAUUUUGAUGAAGCUGGCUAUACAUUUAUAGCACCAAGAGAAUACUGUAGUGAUGUAAAAAAAUCAGAAAACAACACUGAAUUUCUAUUGAAUUUCAAUGAAUUUAUUGACAGAAAUACUCCAAGCAGUCCAUCAUGUAAUACUGAUAUGGUCAUUAGAGUGUUGCUGGAUGCAGGUUUUACAAAUGAACUUGCCCAAAAUUAUUGGAGUAAACUAUCUCUUGGUGGAGUUGUUGCACAAUUUGUUGUUACAGAUGGUGGAAUUACUAGAGUGUUCCCAAAAAGGGCAGGAGAAGAUUGGUUGGAAAAUGCUGAAACUUAUGAAGUCAGCUUCUAUAAACGAAGUUUAGACAAUGACAACUAUAUUUUCACAGCUCCAUACUACAACAAAAGUGGUGCCAAUAGCUAUGAAACAGGUAUUAUGGUAAGCAGGGCUGUGGAAAUAACAAUUGAUGGGAAGCUUCUGAAACCAGCAGUUGUUGGAAUAAAAAUUGACACAAACAGCUGGAUGGAAAAUUUCACAACAACCACAAUCAAGAGCCUGUGCAACAGUGAAAUCUGUGGCUGUGAGAGAAAUAGUAUGCAUGUGGACUGUGUUAUCCUUGAUGAUGGUGGAUUUCUUUUGAUGUCAAAUCGAGAUGAAUACACACAACAGAUUGGAAGAUUCUUUGGUGAAAUUGAUCCUGGCUUGAUGCGAAACCUGAUUAACAUGUCCCUGUAUGCCUUUAACAAGUCGUAUGACUAUCAAUCUGUCUGCGAUCCUGAAGAAGAACCAAAGCAAGGAGCUGGACUUCGUUCUGCUUAUGUGCCUACGAUAACAGAUAUUUUGCAUCUAGGAUGGUGGGCUUCGGCAGCUGCCUGGUCUAUCUUACAGCAGCUGUUUUUGAGCUUGACUUUUCCACGUUUCCUUGAGGCAGCUGAUAUGGAAGAUGAUGAUUUCGGUGCUGCCCUGCCUAAAACAAGCUGUAUCACUGAGCAAACUCAGUAUUUCUUUGAAAAUGAUGAUAAAUCUUUUGGGGGGAUUGUAGACUGUAUAAACUGCUCCAGGUAA